CUAUUGACACAUUUUAUUUUUCUCCUACUCUUUUUGUUAUCUCCAAUUUCAAAGUUAAAAACCAAUAGAGACCAAAUGGAAUCAACGCCAGCAAAAAUGUACUUUGGAAAAUCUGUGUUAGUUCCAAGUGUUCAGGAGCUUGCCAAACAGAACCUUACCAAUAUUCCGGCCAGGUACGUCCGUCAAGGACAGGAAUCUCCGGCUGUAUCUGCCGGAUCCGCCGUACCAGUUAUCGAUAUCCAGAAGUUGAUAUCAGGGGAUUCCAUGGAUUCUGAGCUGCAAAAGCUUCACUCUGCUUGUCAACAAUGGGGUUUCCUCCAGGUUAUAAACCAUGGAGUGACACCUUGGUUAUUGGAGGACUUCAAAAGAGAAGUUGUAGAAUUGUUCAGACUUCCAAUGGAAGAAAAGAAGAAACUAUGGCAACAGGAAGACAGCUUUGAAGGUUUCGGGCACAUAUUUGUUGUAUCAGAGGAGCAAAAGCUUGAUUGGAGCGACAUGUUUGGCUUAUGGACUCUUCCUCCUCCUAUCCGCAAUGUGGACUUGUUUCAAAAGUUGCCCUCGAAGCUCAGGGACAUCAUAGAAGCAUAUUGCAAAGAAAUCAAGAGCCUAGCAACGAUCAUCCUAUGUCAAUUGGGGAAGGCUUUAAAGAUGGAAGAUAAUGAAAUAAGAGAUCUAUUCAGUGAUGGUAUGCAGUCAAUGAGAAUGAAUUAUUAUCCCCCUUGCCCUGAGCCAGACAAGACAAUUGGCUUAAGCCCUCAUUCUGAUGCUGAUGCCCUCACCAUCCUUCUCCAGCUGAACGAUACUGAAGGUCUCCAAGUCCGUAAAGACGAUGCGUGGGUGCCUAUAAAACCCCUCCCAAAUGCUUUCAUUGUGAAUAUUGGCGAUAUGAUGGAGAUAGUGAGCAAUGGUGUGUAUAGAAGCAUUGAGCACAGAGCAAUUGUAAACUCAAACGGAGAACGGCUCUCAGUUGCGACGUUCUAUAACAUCAACGUUGAAGCCGAAUUAGGACCUGCACAGAACAUCAUGGAAGCAUACAGCAAAGAAAUCAAGAGCCUGGCAAUGAUCAUCCUAUGUCAAUUGGGAAAGGCUUUAAGGAUGGAUGAAAAGGAAAUGGAAGGGCUAUACAGUGAUGGCGUGCAGUCAAUAAGGAUGAAUUAUUAUCCACCUUGCCCUGAGCCAUACAAAACCAUUGGAUUUAGCCCUCAUUCUGAUGCUGAUGCCCUCACCGUCCUUUUCCAACUGAAUGAAACUGAAGGUCUCCAAGUCCGAAAAGACGGUAUUUGGGUGCCUAUUAAGCCCCUCCCAAAUGCUUUGAUUGUGAAUAUUGGUGAUAUGAUGGAGAUAGUGAGCAAUGGUGUUUAUAGGAGCAUUGAGCACAGAGCAAUCGUAAACUCAGACAAAGAGAGGCUCUCAGUUGCUACAUUCUAUACAUUCAACCUUGAAUCCGAGUUAGGACCUAAGCUUCAUCUUGCUUGCAAAGAUUGGGGAUUUUUCCAGUUGGUGAAUCAUGAGGUGAGUUUAUCGUUGGUGGAGAAAGUGAAGUCAGAAAUCAAAGCAUUUUUUGAUUUACCAAUGGAAGAGAAGAAGAAGUUUGAGCAACAAGAAGGAGAUUCUGAAGGAUAUGGGCAAGCCUUUGUUGUAUCUGAAGAGCAAAAGUUAGAUUGGGCUGAUAUACUUUACAUGAUCACUCUUCCUACCAUUUUGAGAAAGCCUCACUUAUUCCCAAUGCUCCCUAUUGCACUUAGGAAUGCGCUGGAACAAUACUCAGCAGAACUCAAGAAACUUGCCAUGAAAAUUUUGUACAAAAUGGCUAACGCAUUAGGGAUGCAAGAUGAAGAUAUAAAUAUAUUAUUUGAAGAAGGGUUGCAAAUGAUGAGGAUAAAUUACUAUCCACCUUGUCCUGAACCAGAGCUUGUGAUGGGCUUAUGCCCUCAUUCUGAUUCUGUUGGUCUAACCAUACUCCUUCAAGUCAGUGAAGUUGAAGGCCUUCAAAUUAAAAAAAAUGGUGCUUGGAUUCCUGUUACACCUCUUCCUGACGCCUUUGUUGUCAACAUUGGAGACAGUUUAGAGAUUGUGACAAAUGGUAUUUACAAAAGCAUCGAACAUCGAGCCGUCGUUAAUGAGGACAAAGAGAGGAUCUCGAUUGCAACAUUUUUUAGCCCCAAAUUGGAUGGUGAUUUUGGCCCAGCACCUAGUCUCCUCACUCCUCAAUGCCCUGCACAAUUUAGGAGGAUUGGAGUGGCUGAUUACUUUAAGGGAUUUUUAUCUCGAGAGCUCGUUGGAAAAUCAUACAUCGAUACUAUAAGGAUUGGAAAUGGAGAUGAUGGAAACAAUUGAUGAUUUUGCAUUUUGGAACUUUUUUUUAAUGCAUGUUCUACUAGUACGUUUUUAAUAUUGAUACGAUAAUAAGUUAAAGACCAUUUGUUUUGGAUGGAAAUUAGCCAAAUACUCUCUUUAUUUCAUUGUA